GCACUCGGAACAAACCCCUUGCCACCCGAGGCAGUCGUCCGUUCUCCGUCCCACGUCCCUCUUCCUCCUUCCCCCCGCCGCCGCCGCCGCCGCCGCCGCCGCAAAGAGAAGCGCGAGAGAGUGGGGCGGCCGUAGCAAGCGAUGCCGAACAAGCGUCAGCGGGAGGCGCGGAAGCGCUUCCGCGAGGCGAACCCCGGCCUCUGUCCGCCCGCGCCCGCCCCUCCGGCCGACGGCACCAAGAAGAAGAAGAGCAAGAAGAGCUUGUUCAAGAAGGUGAAGAAGGCGGGAGCCGGCGGCGGAGUAGGAGGAGCGGGGAGGUCGAAGCACCCGCUGCGGGUUCCCGGGAUGCGGCCCGGGGAGCAGUGCUUCAUCUGCAAGGGCACCGACCACGCGGCCAAGAACUGCCCCGAGAAGUCCUAUUGGGACAAGAACAAGAUUUGCUUGCUCUGCAGGGAGCGAGGGCAUAGUAUGAAGAACUGCCCUGACAAAGGUGAUGGGGAUCUGAAGAAAUUCUGCUAUAACUGUGGUGAAUCUGGGCAUUCCCUUUCCAAGUGCCCGAAGCCCAUUGAAAAUGGUACUCUUCAUCCAUUCAUGUUAUGCUUAGAUUCCUAUAGAUGUGAUUUCUUCAUGUGCUUAACAUUAUUCGAUACGUAUGCAGGCGGCACAAACUUUGCGAGCUGCUUUGUCUGCAAACAGCAGGGACAUUUGAGCAAGGAUUGCCCUGAAAAUACACACGGCAUUUAUCCCAAGGGUGGUUGCUGUAAGAUAUGUGGUGAAGUUACACACUUGGCAAGGCAUUGCCCGAACAAACGGCAACAGUACUUCGAAUCCUCGGUGGAUGAUGGUAUGAAUAUGGAGGGAGACUACCAGGAAGACCAUACUCUGCAUGGUGGAGACGAUCUUGAAGAUGAUUUCAUUGAUGAAGAAGAGGUGAAAACCACCAAAACAAUUAAAGCAAAGCAACCUAGCAGCGGCGAGAAGAGUACCAGCUCAAAGUCAAAAGGAAAACAAGCUCCAAAAGUUGUAAAAUUCUUUGGUUAAACAAUGCCGCCAUUUUUGUAGUGUACGUCGAGAAUGAUCAUCUUCCUGGACAAUUCUUUUUGGAGGAAUCCCAGCUGUGUAACUUACAAUGCAAUGAGAAUGUAUCUGUCUACACUCCGAUGUUGGAAAGAUGUCAUAUAAUUUGAAA